CCCCACCCCCGCUGGCCGCAACUCCGCUGGCCGGGAAGUGCGCUCAGCGCUGGGGGAGUCCGGCUCGCCGCCUCCCUGCGGCCAUGGCGCGCGGGGCUGGGCUCCCGCUCCUGCUCUGCUGCCUCGGGCCGCUGCUGUGCGGCGCCGCCGCGCCGGGGGUGCCGCCGGGUUGGAGCUUGCCCCUGGUGGGUCAGGAUUAUCUGGAGAUCCUUUCCAGCUGGUACUGCAGCUUUGGAAAGUGCUGCGAGACAGGAGACUGCAGAAUAGCCAACAACAUCACAGGGUUAGAGUUGGACCUGAGCAGGAGGCUACAUGGGCAGCACUUGGCAAAGGACGUCAUUCUGAAAGCAGUGCAAGGCUUCCUGGAGACCCCACAGCCGGAGAAGGCUCUGGCUCUGUCGUUCCAUGGCUGGUCUGGCACUGGGAAAAACUUUGUGGCCCGGAUGAUCGCUGAUCACUUGUACCGAGACGGGCUGAAAAGCGAGUGUGUUAAAGUCUUUAUCUCGCUCUUUCACUUCCCACAUCCCAAAUAUGUGGACUUGUACAAGGUUCAGCUGAAGAAGCAGAUAAGCGAAACAGUGCAGCUCUGUAAACAGUCAUUGUUCAUCUUCGAUGAGGCAGAGAAGCUUCACUCUGGCCUGCUGGAUGCCAUCAAACCCUAUGUGGAUCACUAUGACAGCAUCGAUGAGGUGGAUUACAGGAGAUCCAUUUUCCUAUUCCUCAGUAACAUUGGUGGGAACAUCAUCAGCCAGGUGACCCUGGACUUCUGGCGAGCUGGACGGGCCAGGGAGGAGAUCACCAUGGAAUACUUGGAGCAGCACCUACGCCUGGAGCUGCUUGAGUCCACAGAGGGCCAAGUCACAGGAAGAGGCAGGCCACUGCAGAAGUGGAGCAGCCAACAGAUGCAGAUGCAGACCCCAGGGAAGAGAGAAUGCUGCCACACCAGGCCCAGCCACAAGGAGGCAUCAAGAGGAACAACUUCAGUGUGGCCUAGCACAAACCGAGAUACAGGAGGCCAAGUGCACAUUCAGUGCCACUCUACAUAUGGGGUAAUUAGUACCAAAAUUCUAAUAAUCCAAUGGAAUAUGCAUAAGAGAGCAGUCUCACAGUGCUGCAUGGGUGCAGAGUGGAAGAAGAGAUGUUUUGAACCCCAAGAAUUUGAUCUUUUUCUCACCCUCAAACUCAUGAGGCCAAUCAGAAUUCCCACUAAAGCUGGUCAUUACCAGGUAAGAAUCAGCUGGGUGGGUCUACAAGUUGGAAUGUCACUAAGUAUGUGAAAACUCCCAUGUAUGACAGCUUGGUAAACUAUCAAUACCAUGCAGCCUGCUUGUAGAUCAGGACUCAUUCACACACAUUCCUUUGACAACUUGCACAUUUAUUGCAGCUGUGUGCAAAACAUGUAUUGGUGGUAGAGGGAAACAUGAUAUUAGUGUCAAUUCUUUAAAUAGGUCUCACCUCCUUUGUAGCUCCCUUUUACGGCUAAUCAUUCUGGCUCUCACACUGACAAACAGCAUACUGCCACAUGAUGGAUCAGAAGAGGUACUCCAAAAGCACUGAUAUAUAUCUUGAACACAAGUCUCUUUACAUUGUGCUCUCCUCUGGCUACCAGACAGGGCUGGGCAGAGACAUCUUCUAUGUCUACUUGAUAAUGGGUGCAGAGUGAUUGACGUUACUGGAGUUCUUCACAUUCCCAGCAUUAUUUCCUUUCGCCCUACUCUUAGCUGACAGCUUGGCUCCCAAAAGUAGUGACAGUCCAGGUGCAGCAGCAGAUGGGACUAUACACUAGUGAAGAUUUGGGAUCUAAUGUCUAUAGAGAAUCUUUCCACAUACAGAAUUAACAGCUAUGCUGACUAUGUAGCAGUAAUCACCCUACCAUACACAUUCCAGUGGGAAAACUUGGGUAUGGCCAAGCUGCAAAGCCUGCAUAUUUCUUCCACUCACAUGUUGCUUCAAUAUGGGCUUAUCUCUUCAUUUUGCCUCCCCACUGCAGUUAUCUAAUUGUUAUAUUUGAACCUAGAGGACAACACACUAAUAUUUAUUUGGUGAUAUGCAUAUUAGUCCUUUCCCACAGCAGUAGAGAUUUGGUUGCUUUG